AAAUAGCGGCCGUCCCGCCUCCGAAGGGCAGUUGCGUUGAGCUGCGAUAGUUGUUCGGACCGAACCCGGGAUCAGCAACUGAACCUCCAUUCACUCCACACCUUAAUUUACCUGAAAGUGAUCUGAUUUAUCGCCAUGGCUCCCUCAUACAAAGCGGUUGUUGAUAAGGCCAGACAAGCCUUCAAAGAAGGUCGCACUCGGGAUGUCGAGUUCCGUCGGCAGCAGCUCAACCAGCUCAGGAAGAUGUACGUCGAGAACGAGCAGAUGUUCCUCGAAGCCCUCAAGUCCGACCUCAGGAAGCCCCACCUGGAGGCCGUCAUCUUCGAGACCGACUUCAUGCUGAAGGAUCUCGACUACAUCCUCAGCCGCCUGGACGACUGGGUCAAGACAAAGGAGGUCCCUUCCAUCGUCCCUGAGGACAAGAGUUACAUCUACUCCGACCCUUAUGGAGUAGUUCUCGUUAUGGGCGCCUGGAACUACCCAGCUCAGCUCACCCUCAUUCCAGCAGCAGGUGCCAUUGCAUGCGGUAACGCCGUCGUAAUGAAGCCCUCCGAAGUCUCCCCAGCCACAGCUAAGGUCAUCGAGACUCUCGUCCCAAAAUACCUGGACAAUGACUGCUUCCCAGUCGUGUGCGGAGGCAUCCCAGAGACCACAGAGCUCCUGAAGGAGAGAUUCGACUACAUCUUCUACACUGGCUCUACCGGAGUGGGAAAAAUCGUCAGAGACGCUGCCAACAAGUACCUCACACCAACCACCCUCGAACUCGGAGGAAAGAGCCCCUGCUACGUAGACAGCUCAGCCGACUUGGACAUCGCCGUCCGUCGCAUCCUGUGGGGCAAGAUGUUCAACUUGGGCCAGACCUGCAUUGCCCCCGACUACAUUCUCUGCGACAAGAGCGUUCAGGACAACUUCGUCCAGAAGGCCAAGGAAGUCCUCAAGGAAUGGUAUGGCGACAACCCUUCACAGUCGCCUGAUCUCUGCCGAAUUGUUGCAGAAAGACACGUCGAUCGCCUCGCUGGUUACCUGAAGGACGGAAAAGUAGCGGUUGGAGGCAAAGUGGACAAGGCAGACAAGUGGAUCGAGCCAACCAUCCUCACUGACGUGACCCCAGACAGUAAGGUCAUGCAGGAAGAAAUCUUCGGGCCAAUCCUUCCCAUCCUCAACGUCAAUGGCCACAAUGAUGUCAUCGAUUUUGUUAAUGACAGAGAAAAGCCCCUGUCCAUGUACAUCUUCAGCAACAAAGAUAAGGACGUCGAGGAUAUCCUACGUAACGUGUCAGCCGGUGGCGUCACAGUCAAUGAUACCCUUCACCAUGCUGCAAACCACAAUCUUCCCUUCGGAGGCGUCGGUCACAGCGGGAUGGGAGCCUACCACGGCGAUUACACCUUCGAGACCUUCACCCACAAGAAGUCCGUCUUGAAGAGAGGUUAUGGCGCUGCUCCCGACCAGAUCUUGAAGAACCGCUAUCCUCCCUACAACCAGGACAAGCUGAAGGUCCUCACCAGCUAAAGAAUUCACCCGAGUUCACAGUCUUAUAAUAGGCCAGUCCUUUCACUUGCUCGUCCUCUUUGUCUUUCUCCUCCUAUCUCUAACAAUGCUGAUGCUAUGACGUCACUGCUACUACGUAACUGAUAUUAUGCUCUCUCUCUCUCUAUCCGACAAUGGUAAAACACAGGUUUCCGAAACGUCAAGAAAGAGCAAACUUUUUAUCAGAUCGAAUCACUAGCAAGACCAUUUUUCUGACCGCGUUGUGCGACAUGUCUCAGCAUUUAGAAAAAAAGGUCAUUCCUUCACUUCAAAUAUUCAUUGUGCGCAAGACAAACUCCAUCAACAUUUUCCCAAAGAUGACGUGAUUAUUUUACAUAUACGACUAUUUGUUUAUUGAACUAAUGAGAAUAAGUAGAGUUAUAGUCUCUGACUGAUAAAUUAUUUUGAAUAAAGUACUGAAAUAAA